UUCCUUCAUUUUAAUGUAAAAACAGCUUAUGAUGAGUUACGGAAAGAUGCCGAACCUCGUUUAAGACCAGUAUACUUUAUAUGACAAUAUUCAUCGGAGCGAGUCCGAAAUGUUUAAUACGUAUCAAUCGAGAAUAAUGCCCCGCAUCGGAUAGCUUCCGAUCCAAUUCCCCAGUUCAAUGUUACCGAUUUCGCAGUCUAGAGCCGAAUCUCUCUUAUCUCGUCGACGAAGAGUAACAAUGCGAUAACAAUGAGAAGUUUCGCGAGGACCUUAGGAGCUUUCUCCAAGUCCAUUUCUAUAGCAUCUCUAGCUAGACCCCGACUUCGAAACCAAACUCCAACUAAAAUACAGACUCAAGCCAUAACUAGAAUCCUUUCUCCCUUGAUCAAUCCCACCAUCAUCGCUCGCACAAUGGCGACGUCCAACGCGCCCGUCCUCCAGCAGCCCAUCAAGCUAGCUUGUAUUCAAUUAGCCAGCGGCUCCGACAAAUCCGCGAACCUAGCACAUGCUCGCGAUAAAGUGAUCGAAGCCGCAAAGAACGGUGCAAAGCUUGUGGUGCUACCAGAAUGCUUCAACUCACCCUACGGCUGCGACUACUUCCCCUCUUACGCCGAGACUCUCCUCCCGGGCCCGCCCACCGCCGAGCAAUCCCCCUCCUACCACGCCCUCUCCUCCAUGGCCGCCGAGACCGGGGUCUUCCUAAUCGGCGGCUCCAUCCCUGAAGCCGAUCCCGACCCGGAGUCUAAGAAGUACUACAACACGUCGCUUACCUUCGGGCCGGAUGGGGAGCUACUAGCUACGCAUCGCAAGGUGCAUCUAUUUGAUAUUGAUAUACCGGGGAAGAUUACCUUUCGGGAAAGUGAUGUUUUGUACCCGGGGAAUAAAGUCACGAUUGUGGACUUACCGGGGUAUGGAAAAGUUGCGAUCGCGAUAUGUUAUGAUGUGCGGUUCCCGGAGUUAGCGACGAUUGCUGCGCGGAAGGGAUGUUUUGCGUUGAUAUACCCAGGCGCUUUCAACACUACGACGGGACCGCUACAUUGGUCAUUGUUAGGUCGCUCACGCGCUGUAGAUAAUCAGAUGUAUGUAGCGCUGUGCAGUCCAGCGAGGGAUACACAAGCUACAUACCCGGCAUACGGACACACAUUGAUCGUGAACCCGAUGGCUAAGAUUUUGGUGGAGGCGGAGGAGACUGAGGGUAUUGUGGAGUGGGAGCUUGAUGGCAAGACGAUUGAGGAGACUAGGAGAAAUAUCCCGCUUACGAACCAGAGACGCUUUGAUGUAUAUCCUGAUAUAAGUAAGGGGGAUAUUCGGUUUGAUGAGCCGGGUUUGCCUAAGUGAUGUGGAUAUAGUUUGGAGCUGCGAUACGAAUGCUGGCGGUUAGGUGUGCGGACUCGAGUUUGCUCGCCAUGGCUCGGACAUAUUUCGAAUAGGAUACUAGAAGUUAUUUCGGAGAAUCGUUCAAGUGCCGGAAGACCUCGUUUGAUAAGUUUGAUGUAUUUGUCUCAGUGGGCGUGCCACUCGGUGUCGCGGCCAAUUGCGACCUAAUGAAAGGAUGAGAAAUGUAUAUACAAUUCAUAGAUAGGUCAGCCGAUAAAGAAUGACUUAUGACUUUAUUACUACCACUAGA